GUUUGAUCACAGUAGUGAAACAACCAAUUUUACAAAAUGUUCGCUAAGGUAUUGGCUCUCUGUGGUUUGGUGGCGUUGUGCCAGGCAGGUCUGCUGCCCGCCCCAGUGCACUACUCCUCCGCCGCCGCUGUCUCCUCGCAGAACAUCGUGCGUCACGACCAGCCUGCUCAGCACGUGGCAUACCACGCUGCCCCCGCCGCGGUCGCUUACCAUGCUGCCCCUGCUCCUAUUGCCUACCACGCCGCUCCCGCAGGCCUGCUGCCCGCCCCCGUGCACUACUCCUCCGCCGCCGCUGUCUCCUCGCAGAACAUCGUGCGUCACGACCAGCCUGCUCAGCACGUGGCAUACCACGCUGCCCCCGCCGCGGUCGCUUACCAUGCUGCCCCUGCUCCUAUUGCCUACCACGCCGCUCCCGUCGCCCGUGUUGAAGACUUCAACGCUCACCCUCAGUACGAGUACAACUACUCAGUAGCUGACGGGCACACCGGCGACAACAAGUCCCAGCAGGAGUCCCGCGACGGCGACGUCGUGCGCGGCUCGUACUCCUUCCACGAGGCCGACGGCUCCGUCAGGACCGUGCAGUACUCCGCGGACGACCACAGCGGCUUCAACGCGGUGGUGCACAACUCGGCGCCCACAGCCGCGCCUGCGCACUCCGCGCCCGCUCACUACUACCACCACUGAAGCAUCUCACUAGUCAUGUAUCGCGCUCACCAAAACCAUGUUCAUUAACUAUUAUUUAUUAAUGCAAUAUACGAAUAAGU